CCUAUUCCACUGGACCAACUCUCUUCCUCUCUCGUCUUCUCUGGUGGUCUCUGCUGCCAGAAUAAGAAGAAUAAGAGGUUGGGUCAACGGAGUCGACCACGGACCCCGGUCAACUGCUUCCUCCUCAACAAGUGGCACCAAUGACGGGUAAUGAAGCUUCAUGCGCCCAGCAAACAAGUCCCCACAAUCCGACGCUACCAUCGGUAGAGAAGGAGAGAAAGAGGAAAAUGUCCAUCCGGCGGUGAAUCUCGCAGUCAUUCAAAUAGUUGGCCUCAUGGCCUUUCUGUCCGGGAGGGAGCUUUUGUCUCCCCAAGCCCUCCCCAGGGUUCAGUCCUCUCCUCUCCGGGGGACCGCGAACUUGAACGCUUUGAAACGAAAGAUUUCAUCCAAAAAGAAAACCCGACACCAUGCGUCGGUACACCCUCGCCAGCUUGGCGGGUGGUGUGGUGUCCGCUGCCCUCGCAGCGGCAUCUCAGACAGCGGGCGACCUCAGUGUCCUCGCCAUGAACGUCGCCGGUCUGCCUGACUUCCUCCAAGGGAACGAAGUCCCCGGCGACAAGGCCGAAAACCACCGGAUCAUCGGGUCCAAAUUUGUCGAAUACGGCUACGACGUGAUCAAUGUCCAAGAGGACUUCAACUACCAUGCAGCCCUCUACUCAACCGCCACCCUCCCUCACCGCACUCCCACCUCAGGCGGUGUCCCCUUCGGCUCAGGCCUAAACACCCUUUCCCUCCACCCCUUCAUCGACCAGACCAGGGUAAAGUGGAACGAGUGCUCCAACACCUCCGGCGCCGACUGCCUGACCCCCAAGGGCUUCACCCUCGUCCGUGUCGCCCUGGCCUCAGGCCCCGAAGGAGCCGCCUACGUCGACGUCUACAACCUCCACGCCGACGCUGGUAUCAGCGCCGCCGACCUCGCCGCUCGCGCCAGCAACCUGCGCCAGCUAAGCUCCUACAUCAACGCCUGGAGCGCAGGCAACGCCGUCAUCAUCGCCGGCGACACCAACAGCCGCUACUCCCGCACGGCCGACGACAUCCGCAUCUUCCGCCGCGAGAACGCCAUGAAGGACCCCUGGGUCGAGCUGAUCCGCAACAACGUCGAGCCCACCGCCGAAUCCCUCUGCACCAACCCCAGCACCACCGACCACUGCGAAACCGUCGACAAGAUCUUCUACCGCCCGGGCCCCCUCCUCGACCUUCGUGCCGAAGCGUGGCGGUACGACGCAUCCCGCUUCCUGCAGCCCAACGGCGCCAUCCUCUCCGACCACAACCCCGUGGCCGCCAACUUCACCUGGUCCCUCCCCUCCACGCUCCGCCAGUCCGAUUUCCACGGCGGACCCCACGGAACCUGGUUCUCCGACGCCGCCGCCCUCGCCUCCCUCCAUGUCGGCACCACCCCGCGCCGCGCCUCCGUCAUCCGCUUCCGCGGCGCCUCCCGCGUCGACGCCGUGUCCCUCUCCCUGAGCGACGGGUCCACCUUCUCCCACGGCGGCUCCGGCGGCCAGCUCGCCGAGCUACGCCUCGCGGACCGUGAGGUCUGGUCCGACGCCACCCUGUGCCAGGCCCAGCGCGACGGCCGCACGCGCAUCUUCUACAUCAAGGCCCGUACCAGCGCGGGUCGCUCGCUCAAGGCCGGUCAGGCGACCGCUGACUGUGCCCACUUCAAGGCUCCCGCGGGCUGGGGCAUCGUUGGAUUCCUGGGCCGCGGUGGGAGCGAGAUUGAUAGGUUGGCCUUUGUCUACGCGCGGCAGUGAUGAGAUAGAUGUAUCAGCACUUCUCCUGCGUGGACAAAGGGCCAUCCUUCACCUGCUUUGACUGUUCCUCGGGCUCUGUUACCGAUCCUGACAACAGUAAAGCACAUGGAGCUGAACCACAUCGUCCCGAGUUGACUCUAGAACUCAACUUUCCUAUGUCUACAUGUAUGCAUUAUGUCAUGGUCUUGAAAACCCAUGAUGGCCUUCAUGAUCUUACUAUAUAUACUUAAUUGAUGCCAAAUAUCAAGUGCUUCAUUAUAUCUCCUCUUGGUUUACGUGAAUGGAGAGACACGCCUCAACAAAUGUUG